AUGUUCAGUGGCUUUUUGGCCAGUGACUUUCUCAAGAACUUCGCUGACAUCAAUGGCGAAUCAAAAUACAUGAACAUCCUUCAAGAUGUAGCAAACCACAAAACUCGUGCUGUCCAGAUCGAUCUCGACGAUUUAAUUAAUUACAAGGAUUUAGACGAGGAAUUUUUGAGGCGUGUAACCGAGAAUACUAGGAGGUACAUUGGGAUUUUUUCGGAUGCCAUUGACGAGAUCAUGCCGGAACCUACUGAGGCCUUCAUAGAUGAUGACCAUGACAUAUUGAUGACACAGAGAUCAGACGAAGUUGCAGACGGUGAAGAUGGUUCAGACCCACAGCAGAGGAUGCCUCCUGAAAUCAAGCGCUACUAUGAAGUUUAUAUUAAAGCAUCUUCAAAGGGACGACCAUAUACAAUUAGGGAGGUGAAGGCUUCAUAUAUUGGUCAGAUUGUAAGGAUAUCUGGUAUAGUGACACGCUGCUCAGAUGUUAAACCUUUAAUGAAGGUUGCUGUAUACACAUGUGAAGAUUGUGGUUUUGAAAUUUACCAGGAAGUAACAGCUCGAGUCUUCAUGCCUUUGUUUGAGUGUCCAUCCACUCGCUGUAAAAUAAACAACAAUAAGGGGAACCUUAUCCUUCAGCUAAGAGCUUCAAAGUUUUUAAAAUUUCAAGAGGCAAAAAUUCAAGAAUUAGCUGAACAUGUUCCAAAGGGCCAUAUUCCACGAACAAUGACUGUUCAUUUCAGGGGAGAGCUCACAAGAAAGGUGGCUCCUGGCGAUGUGGUUGAAUUAUCUGGGAUUUUUCUUCCUAUACCUUACACUGGUUUCAGAGCAAUGCGUGCUGGUCUGGUUGCUGACACUUACUUAGAGGCGAUGUCUGUAACUCAUUUCAAGAAAAAAUAUGAGGAAUAUGAACUUAGAGGAGACGAGGAGGAGCAGAUUGCACGUUUAGCAGAAGAUGGCGACAUCUACAAUAAGUUAGCAAGAUCAUUGGCUCCUGAAAUUUUUGGACAUGAAGAUAUUAAAAAAGCACUGCUUCUUCUUCUUGUUGGUGCUCCCCAUCGGAAGCUGAAAGAUGGAAUGAAGAUUAGAGGAGAUUUACACAUAUGUUUGAUGGGUGAUCCUGGUGUUGCCAAGAGUCAGCUCCUUAAGCAUAUAAUCAAUGUAGCUCCAAGGGGGGUGUACACCACUGGAAGAGGUAGUAGUGGAGUUGGUCUAACUGCUGCUGUUCAGAGAGAUCCAGUGACAAAUGAGAUGGUUCUUGAAGGUGGAGCAUUGGUGCUAGCAGAUAUGGGCAUAUGUGCCAUUGAUGAGUUUGACAAGAUGGAUGAAUCAGAUCGAACAGCUAUACAUGAAGUCAUGGAACAGCAGACUGUUAGCAUUGCCAAAGCUGGGAUCACUACUUCACUGAAUGCAAGGACUGCUGUGCUUGCUGCAGCUAAUCCCGCCUGGGGAAGAUAUGAUCUACGAAGAACUCCAGCUGAAAAUAUUAAUCUUCCCCCUGCCCUCCUAUCAAGAUUUGAUUUGCUGUGGUUAAUCCUUGAUCGAGCUGAUAUGGAUAGUGAUCUUGAAAUGGCUAGGCAUGUUGUCUAUGUCCACCAAAAUAGAGAGUCCCCUGCACUAGGAUUUACUCCUCUUGAUCCCUCUGUUCUUCGUGCCUAUAUAUCUGCUGCAAGAAGAUCAUCUCCCAGUGUCCCAAGAGAUCUGGAAGAGUAUAUUGCAAGUGCAUACUCCAGCAUUCGACAAGAAGAAGCCAAGUCUAGUACUCCCCAUUCAUACACAACUGUCAGAACAUUGCUCAGUAUUCUCCGUGUAUCAGCUGCGCUUGCAAGACUCCGUUUCUCUGAAACUGUUGCUCAGAGUGACGUGGACGAGGCACUGAGGUUAAUGCAGAUGUCAAAAUUCUCUUUGUACUCCGAUGAACGUCAAAGAUCUGGUCUGGAUGCAAUAUCAGAUAUUUAUUCCAUUCUACGUGAUGAAGCUGCAAGGAGUGGCAAAACGGAUGUCAGCUAUGGUGAUGCACUGAAUUGGAUAUCUAGAAAGGUCAGUUCAUAGUUCAUACUACCCUAU